CAGACCGAGGAAGUGAAUUCUGUCCUCGAUCCCGAAUCAGCUGUCCCGGCGGCCCCCUUCUGUAGAACGUCAACCAGUGAGAGCGGCGAGCAUCCGCAAAGGUACCUCUUAUGAGAACAGAAAGCAGGUGUGCAGCAGCUUCCCACAGUUUUCAGGCAGCAUGAACUCCCUCCAGAGAAGAGCCGCUCUGUUGCUGUGCAGACGCGGGGCUGCGGGCGGGAUGCGGAUGCCCGCCGCCUCCCCGGCUCUGCCGGCUGCAGACGGGGCCGCCCCGCACCGCCCGCAGGCUGUGCGGGUCUGCCACUCCGGCACGAGCCACAAGGGCAGUAUGUACACAAAGAAACGAGGGUAUGACAUCACCAGGAACCCCUACCUGAACAAGGGAAUGGCAUUCACGCUGGAAGAGCGCCUACAACUGGGCAUCCAUGGCCUGCUGCCCCCCUGCUUCCUCUCCCAGGAUGUGCAAGUGCUGCGAGUCAUGAAGAGCUACGAGCCGCGCACCAACCCUCUGGACAAAUAUAUCUUACUGAUGACGCUGCAGGACAGGAACGAGAAGCUCUUCUACCGCGUGCUGACCUCUGACAUUGAGGAGUUCAUGCCCAUCGUCUACACUCCUACUGUGGGGCUGGCCUGCCAGCAGUAUGGACUGGCCUUCAGGAGACCGCGAGGACUCUUCAUCACCAUCCACGAUCGAGGACACAUCGCCACCAUGCUGAAUUCCUGGCCUGUACAGAACAUCAGGGCCAUCGUUGUGACCGACGGGGAGCGAAUCCUCGGACUGGGAGACCUGGGCAGUUAUGGGAUGGGGAUUCCAGUUGGGAAGCUGGCGCUGUACACAGCCUGUGGCGGCGUUCAACCGCAGCAGUGCCUCCCUGUACUCCUGGAUGUUGGUACUGACAACCAGGCGCUGCUGGAUGACCCUCUGUACAUCGGUCUGAAGCACAAGAGGAUCAGAGGAAAGGAGUACGACGAACUGAUUGAUGAAUUCAUGCAGGCUGUCACAGACAAGUACGGGAUGAACUGCCUCAUACAGUUUGAGGAUUUUGCCAACAGCAAUGCGUUUCGCAUCCUUAACAAGUACAGGAAUCGCUACUGUACCUUCAACGACGACAUCCAAGGCACGGCGUCCGUAGCUGUGGCUGGGAUCCUGGCCGCUCUAAAGAUCACCAAGAACAAACUGUCAGAGCACACUUUUGUUUUCCAGGGAGCGGGCGAGGCUGCUCUGGGUAUUGCACACCUACUCAUCAUGGCAAUGGCCAAAGAAGGAGUGAGUCCAGAGGAGGCUGCCAAAAGGAUCUGGAUGGUAGACUCUAAAGGUCUCAUCGUAAAGGGAAGAAGCCACGUGAAUCACGAGAAGGCAGAGUUUGCUCAUGACCAUCCUCAUUUGAAGACGCUGGAGGAGGUGGUGCAAACCAUCAAACCCACCGCGAUCAUAGGAGUGGCUGCAGUUGGAGGAGCGUUCACAGAGAAGAUCAUCACAGACAUGGCAGCUUUCAACCAGCGACCAAUCAUCUUUGCACUCAGCAAUCCCACCAGCAAGGCAGAGUGCACGGCAGAGCAGUGCUACAAGCUCACAGAGGGGCGGGGCAUCUUUGCCAGCGGGAGUCCGUUCAGCAAGGUGACGCUGGCUGAUGGACGCACCUUCUACCCCGGACAGGGGAACAACGCCUACGUGUUCCCCGGAGUGGCUCUGGGCAUCAUGGCCUGCGGAGUUCGCCACAUAUCUGACGACAUUUUCCUCACCACCGCAGAGGCAAUCGCUGACAUGGUGACGGAGGAGCACCUGGCUGAGGGGAGGCUGUAUCCUCCUCUCAGCACCAUCAGAGAGGUGUCCUUUAAGAUCGCAGUGAAGAUCGUCAACCACGCAUACAAACACAACAUCGCCUCGUUCUACCCUGAACCGAAAGACAAAGAGGCGUUCGUGCUUUCCCACGUCUACAGUCCCGACUACGACUCCUUCACUGUGGACACGUACAGCUGGCCGCAGGAAGCCAUGAAGGUUCAGGACGUCUGAGGUCUUUGCUGCUCCUGUGACCCUCAAAGUCUUUCCAGUCAAAGGUUUUGUUUGUAAUGAAAUGAAGCAUUAAGCCCCUAAAUGACAACAUCAUUUUAUCUUCAUGUGUUGCAUUCAUGCUCCUCCUUUUUAGCUGUUUUUUUUUUUAGUUUCCUUUGUAUCCACAGCUUUUCAGAACCAAAUCCACUCCUCCUUUUUCUCCUCCGGUUGCUGCAGCAUAGCUCCUCGUGACUCCUGGUCUUUACACUCCCCCCCCCUCCCCGUCUAUCAUGUGGCUCCAGCUUUGCUGUGAGACUCGCUGAUAAAGGAAACGUCUGUUACUCUGAAGAGAGCAGAGGUGGGAGUCGCCGCCAUCAGGAGCUUUUGACAUUUGCUGUUUGUGUUUCAAUGUUUGGCGUAUAACUGCGACAGAAUGUGUUGCUUCUGUGAGCUUUACGUUUUCAAAAGGGAUCAUGUAACUUUUUAAAUAAAACUCUGAACAGACU